GCACCUCUUCCUCCAACUGACUCUUCUGUGCCAUUAACAAGCACAUCUCAUCUCACUCGGACUUGGCAAGGAAAUUCCGAUGCUUGAAGCCGUAGGGCAGGCCGAAACCCGAAAAGCCCACAGAUCGCGAAUGCAAUUGCCGAGGAGGCGCAACAUCAGGAAGCACGUUCAUGAGAUGUAUUCCAACUUACAACCCAGUAGUCGGCCCAAUUAAUGGGAUGGAGGGUGAUAGACUGACGAGAGACAAACUGAUGACCCUGGAAAUAUCAUAUCUGACCCUACAGUUUCCCGGUUUAGAGCGUUUUUUUGUCGCUACAUGACUUGGAGAGACCAUAUAAGAGCCGGGCGAAGAACGAAACGAUCGCGUUCAACAUCCACACUGGAUAAUAAUCAAACAUGGCAACAGAUCUCAAGACCUUGUUCAACCUCAUGGUCUUUCUCGGGGUUGGGGUAGGAGUAAAUGCCCUGACACAUUAUCCUCCAGCAAAUACGUCGAAUACUCGGCUCGAUCAGGUUUUGAACGGUAGCGGUGCGCCUGGAAUAUAUGAUUCCUCUACCACGCCGGAUUCAAAGUAUGGAGAGUACAAUUGGUGUGCUAUGCCUCAUGUGAGAAAGCAAGAGUACAAAACACCUUCUAAAGAAUAUGAACUCGAGUAUGUCGAAGUUAUCCAGCGUCACCACAAGAGAACGCCUUAUGCUUCCAACACGUUUUUCAAAGAGGAUAUCUCUUGGGACUGCUCUAAAGAAGGACCUUAUCACUAUGCAAAGGACGCCAAUGGUCUGAAUACCGCGCCAGUUUAUUGGCAGGCCCAAGCUAAUACACGAAACCCAUUCGAAUACACCGUCGGCCCAGGUUUCCUAAACUCUACUUGCCAAUUCCCAUCCAUCACUUCUGAAGGUCUUGACGAUGCUUAUAUCCACGGAAAAGAUCUUCGCGGUGUCUACCAUGACAAGCUCAAGUUUUUACCAAACAAGGGGGAGAAGGACAAGUAUAAGUUUAGGGUCACGAAUAAUGUGAUUACCAGUCAGACGCUUAGCGGGUUGGUAAGCGGUUUGUUCCCUGGAGGACACGAGUAUGAUGCUUUGAUCCAGAGCGAUAGUUGGGAUUCUCUAGAGCCCUCCAUCUCUUGUGCUCUUCAAAGCACGGUGGCUUCCGCCAUCACCGACAUUUCUAGCGAAUGGGGUGUACACCUUAACCGUUCUCUUGAGCUGAGGGAAAGGUUUUACAACGUUUCGGGUAUUGAAUGGGAUAAUGAUGCUGGAUGGAGUACAAGCUGGGAUCACCCUUACGACAACCUUUCCGCAAAACAAUGCCACGGUAAACCCCUUCCAUGUUCGCUGAACAAUACGGCAAUCUGUACCCCUCAGGAGGACGCGGAUGCGAUCUACAGGCUUGGGAAUUACGAAUACGCUUACAAAUGGCGAAUGGCCGAAAACUCGACUCUUUACAGCGCUCUAACGAUGGGCGCGUGGUUUAUUGAGCUUCAAGAUCAUAUUAAUGGCAAGAUUGAUGGUUCCAACGAUGUCAAGUAUUUCCACAAUUUCGCCCACGAUGGGUCCAUCUCUCCUGUUCUCGGUGUACUCCAGAUCGAUAAACCAAUGUGGCCAGGGAUGGGUACCGAAAUCGUCUUUGAACUGUGGAAAAAGAAAACCUCGCCCUCGCCAUACUUUAUCCGAGUGCUUCUCAGCGGCCAGCCGCUCGAAACAUCGACACCGCUCGGUACACUCGACAUGGUUCCUUGGGAUGAAUUUGAAAAGUAUUUGAAUGAGACUAUCCCCGAGGAUCUGGUUGGGAUGUGUGCGCAGGAUUGAGUGACUGCUGGGUGUGGCGAGACAUUCUGGAGGGGCCUGUUUUGAAAAGUUGGCUAGUUAGUGGGGUUAUAAUUAUGGAUGAUAGAGUCUA